UUGGACAUAAACUCUCAGCUAUAUAUAUGUAUCUAUCAUCUUAAUUCUUCUAGAGAAAGAGGGAAACUAUUAAGAGUUUGAGAAAAUGGGAAACUUAUUUGCCGUGAUGAAGCCAAUGUUGCAUUGUAUAAUGAAAGUUAUGGGAAUGACAUCCCAAAUGGUGGAGAUAGAACCAGGAACCAUAAUGCAUUUUUGGGUUCCAAACAACAAAUUACCAAACAAAUCAAAGCCUGCAGUUGUAUUUGUUCAUGGAUUUGUUUCCAAUGGAAUUAUUACUUGGCUUUUUCAAGUGCUCUCCUUAAGAGCUUCAGGUUCCGAUUUUGCGAUCUACGUCCCUGAUUUACUUUUCUUCGGAGACUCUAUCACCGAUCGUCCCGAACGGUCAACGGAUUUUCAGGCAGAAUGUUUAGCAAAAGGAAUGAAGAAGCUGGGUGUGACUAAGUUUUCUCUUGUUGGGCUAAGUUAUGGAGGAAUGGUUGGUUUCAAGUUGGCUCAAUUGUAUCCUGACUUGGUUGAAUCUAUGGUUAUGUCAAGUACAGUUAUAGAGUUAACUGAGUCUAUUAGCAAUGUUUCGUUGAAGAACAUUGGGUUCACAAAUUGGCCUGAUUUUCUUUUGCCAAAAACUAUCUCUGGAGUCAAAGUGCUUCUAUCUAUUGGCUCCCACAAGUUGCCAUGGUUGCCUGAAUUUUUCUACAGGGAUUUUCUUGAGGUAAUGUUUGGAAACAGAAAGGAGAAAAUGGAACUUCUUGAAGCUUUAGUAGUUAGUGACAAAGACGCCACUAUCAGUGCCCCUAAUUACUCUCAGAGGAUUUACAUUUUAUGCGGAGACGACGACAAGAUUUUUAAUAUGACAGUUUCUGAUAAGAUGAAAGAUGCAGAAAAUUGGGAGAAAAUGCAACAAUCCAAUAUAUAAAAAGUGCGGGACAUCUGGUUCAAUUGGAGCGACCAUGCACUUACAAUCAUUAUCUCAAGAAAUUUCUUUCACACUCGUGAAUUGGCUUGUGAACCUGCGAUGAAUCUGUAUAAAGAUUUGAAUUAUGUGUACUAGAAGUUUAUUAAUUUUUUAUGUUGUUGAUUUAAUUUAAUUUGUUAUAAGACAUUGUUACUUCUGCGAUAUUAUUAAAUAGAGUUAUCUGGAAUAGUUAAUUAUUGUUAUUUAAGGUAA